AUGUCUCGCAUGUCUCACUCCAGCCGCGAUACCAACAGUGGCGUCCUCACCAAGAGGACCCGAGGAGACACAACUAUGGCCCGGACGCGGCGUUCCCACUCUCCAUCCACCCGCUCCCGCUCCUCCUCUGCCGGACCUCGCGAGCACCGCCGGCCCAGCAUCAAGACCGCCGCAGUCCUCGUCGCUGCCGUCGCCGUCGCCACCAUCUGCCUCCACAAGCUCUGGCCGCGCAGCUCCCACAAGGACCAUUGGGAGCCGUCUCCCGCGUCGUCGGCCGGCCGCCUCUCGCGCCGACGUAACGCCAUCCGCGACCGCCACAACGGAUAUCUUGACUACGACGACCACAAUGUCUUCGACCGCAACGACCAUGUGCGCAGCGACAGGAGGAGGAGGCUGCCCGAGAGGGAGCACUACCCAGCCCCAAGCCACAGCGACGGGCGGUCGAGGGGCUAUGGUAGCGACAGUGACGGGGACUCGUACCACUCCGACGAAUACCUGCCUUCUCCCAGUGAGCGCUUCUCCAACCGGCGGAGUACGAUCGAGGGGGACCGCCGGUCAAAAUCCCGUGGGAUCAGUGCGCUGGAUAACAACGAGAUCGUCCGGUAUGAGAGGCAGUCAAACAUGUCGUUUGAGGAAGAGCGGCCGCAACGGCCACAAUAUAAUGAAGCCGUUGCGGACUGGAGCCGGCGGGGAAGCCAGCUGCCGUCGUCGCUGUCCGACGAGCAGAGUUACAAGGGCGAGUCGGAGUAUGCCGACCGGAGGUCCCGGCGAAGACCCGUCUACCACUAG